AUGCAAUUUGAGUUAGAAAAAAUUUUGACAAGCUUUAAAUAACUUGCAUGCUCAUAUUGCAACUAGAAAAACUAAUCAACAGCUUACAUUCAAGAUGGCAUGACUGACGAAGAUGAUGAAUCAUUUUUUUUAAGAAUCAAUAAAAACUCAUUUUAUUAUGUUUACAGGGCCAUUGAACCCAAAAGGAAUCUAGCAUAUUUUUAAAUGAGACUAACCAAAAGAAAAAAAUAUAUAUUAGCGAACAUUGAAAUUUUUAGGAAGGAUUUAUACGAUAACACACAAAUUAAGGCAUUUAUUGAUGACAAUGGUUAUCUAAACUUUUCAUUUCAUUAUUUUUUGAAUGAAAAUUGCUCAAUAAAAGUUCCUUAAUUAUUAGAUAAAAAAAAGAUAGUAAUCACUGAUGCAAUAAACAAAUUUGAGAUGAAAAUUCACAAUAAUAUGUCUGGGUUAAACAACGCAGUGAACCAAAACAUACCCUCAAAUAAGCAGUUAAUAGAACCUUUGCCAUCAGUGUAAAGUUUUGGAGUAAAAUUAAUCAAAGUGGUAAACAUAGUAAAGAGUAAUCCAGAAUAAAAGAGAAUCUAUUAUUAGGUUUAAGGUUCUAACAAUCUUUGUGAAGAUAUUUACAUAAAUAUAAAAGAGAUUGAUCAGAAAUCCUAUAGCCUUAUUUAAAAUGGAAAAUUACUCAAACUAGAAAAAUAAAUCAACACACUUCUAAGUUUUUUAGAUAUUGACAUCUAAGGUACUUUCAGAAAUCUAUUUUUAACAAUAUAUUUGGAGAAUGAGAAAAGAAAGUAUUUUGAAUUCAACCAAUUGAUGCCUCUAUCAGAAUUUUUUGAGAGAAAAUUAUAAUUUAAUGAGACAUUUCAAAUUAGAAUACAACUACUAAUAUAGGUAUUAUGUGUUUCUUUAUUAAAAAUAUUUUUAAAUCUUGAUUUAGGUUCCACUUAAUAAGAUAUUAUUCUAAUUAAUUCGAGAAAAUAAAUUAAACUUGACAUGCUAGCAUAUUUAAAAUGCUCUUCAUGUAAAACUGAAUAAUAAUCGGAAUAAUCAGAUUAGAUGGAAGAAAUAUUGAAUUAUUUUGAAUUUUUGUUGCCUUAUAGAGUAAAAUAUUUAUUAUAUUAAAGGAAAGGCCCAUCUUAAUAUAAAAUCAUAACAUCACUAAUGAGCUGUAAAACAUGAAAUAACUAAUUAAACAAAAAAAAAUAACUGUGAAACUUAUAACUUAAUAGUUAAUUCAUAUAGAUAAGCAAAUAUAAUAAUAUGUAGGACUUUGA